AUGGCAUCCAAAGUCGUUCCCGUUGUGCAGUCAGUGCCUCUUCCAACAGGGACAGCCGACUACGAGACAGCUAGGCUACAGGUACUAGAAGAAUUCGCCGCCGCGGUACCAAGGGAACUUCUACUCCCCGAAGACACCAUAAAGAACCCUCCCAGGAAUGUCACAGCCGUUCCACGCCAAUGCGGCCUCUUGUCUGACGCAGAACUUGACAUAACGGAAAAUUACGAUGCCGCAGCCCUCGCGGAGGCCAUCUCAUCCAGGAAAUUAACGUCUGUCGAUGUGGUAACUGCGUUUGCCAAGCGAGCUAUAAUUGCGCAUCAACUUACCUGCUGUUUGACUGAGUGGUUCAUGGAUGAAGCCGUUGCGCGCGCAAAGGAACUAGAUGAUCAUUUGGCUUCGACAGGACAACCACUAGGCCCCUUACAUGGGGUUCCCAUCAGUAUCAAGUCACAUAUUCCAGUCGCAGGACAUUGGCGAGAUAUGGGGUUCCUAGAUACGCGAACAAAGGACACCCGAGAUUCUCAAAUGGUUGCGAUUUUGCGUUCUGCAGGCGCCAUCUUCUACUGCAAAACAAACCAGCCACAGAGCAUCAUGCACCUUGAAAGUACUUCGUUUUUCGGGCGUACUCUGAAUCCACACAACAUCAAUCUAUCAGCAGGGGGAUCAACUGGCGGCGAAGCUGCUCUGGUGGCCCUUCGAGGAUCGGUUUUGGGCGUGGGCACAGAUAUUGGCGGCAGUGUACGGGGCCCGUCAGCUUUUUGUGGCAUUUACGGCUUCAAAUCAACAAGCUACUACCUCCCGAUGAAGGAUUUUCUGGAGGGAGGAAUACCUGCAGAGUUGAACAUUCUUUGUUCCACGGGCCCAAUGUGUUUGACGUUGCGGGAUAUGGAUCUCUUCAUGAGGGUCAUUCUAGGUGCAGAACCGUGGAUAGAAGAUCCCCGAAUCAUACCCAUUCCCUGGACUGGAUUAAAGUCUAGCAUCGGCGCAAGCUCACCGCAAAAGUUACGAAUCGGCAUUAUGAUGCACGACGACGUGAUCAUUCCUCAACCACCUGUCACCAGAUCCCUGAAGUGGGCCAAGUCACAGCUUGAAAAUGCAGGUUUCCAAACCAAGCCGUUCAAACCCUACAAAGUUGCCCAAAUCAUGAAAAGCCUGCGGGAAGCAUAUUGGCCAGCUAGCGUAAAGUACACUGAUAUUCACUACGCUCUUACAGGAGAGCCUAAACACCCGCUCACGGAAUGGAUUCAACGUGAUGCCGCCCCCGAGGAACUUCCUGUUACCGCAGUCCUCGCACAGCGUGUGCUCCGUGAUGAGAUGCGUUCCGAAUUCUCACUCGAUUGGGAGAAUCAGGGUGUGGACUUUAUCCUCGGUCCGGCAUUUGUAGGACCUGCCAGCAGCCAUGAUACUGCCUGGUAUUGGGAUUACACGGCAAUGUGGAAUUACCUCGAUUGUCCGGGGGUGGUGGUCCCCACGCCGAUAAAGGCUCUGGGCAAAGGUGAGGAGAUGUAUGAGGCGAAAGAGCCAUUGGGUAAGGAGUGCGAGGAGGUUAGGAAAUUAUGGGACGAAGGUGACUUUGAAGGGGCACCGAUUAAUUUGCAGUUUGUCGGAAGGAGGUAUCGCGAUAAUGAGCUCUUUGGUGUUUUGUCUGCCGUCAAGGACGCUCUGCAAUUGCCAUAG